AUGAUGAUGAUGAUGGGCCGUGUGAUGUGUGUGUUGGCCGUUGUGCUGUGCUGUGCCUGCGGGUAUACCAUGACAGCUGCUGCUACUACUGCUAAUACUAAUGGACACCCAAAGGCGGCGAUGGCGUUUUUGGGAAGUUUUUAUCCCGAGAUCAAUUAUAGUGGAUCGGCGAAAGAGAAGAAAAGUGAAGAAGCAGAAGCAUUAGCAGAGACUGCUGUGGCAGAAGAGGCGCGAUCACAUGUGGAGGUACAGGACCCUACUUUACUCAAUAGUGAAAAGUCUCCUUGUGUUGGUGAAGCUCUUGAUUCUUCCAGUACCACAUGUCCUUCUGUUCGUACUGCUGCUUCUCCUCCACUUGUUCAACCAAUAGCAGAAUCUCUUGUUAAAGGAGAACCACCUGCUGGAGGUGUUCCUGAUCCUCAAAGUGUUCCCAGUGAAGAUGGUAAACAUCUUGGUGGUAAAGUUCCUGGUGUUGUUGUUGCUCCGGCUUUGGCCGGUCCUUCUGGUUCUCAUGGUCCUUCUCCCGUUUCUCUUCCAGAACCUCAAGGUGUUAGAGGAAAUAACGGUCAAGGUGGUCAUGUCCAACCAUCUACUGUAGAUCAGGAUGCUCUUCGAAGAGAUGGUCAAAUACUGAAAGAUUCUUCUGGGGAUCUUUCACAUAAAGAGAAUGAAACAAGUAAAGACGAAGAGAUACAUCAACUGUAUCAAGAGAGAAAAGAAGAGCUUAAUAAACCCGCAGAAAAUCAACCUGGUCGUGGAAACUCCGUUCAAACUCCAAGAGAAGAAGAUAGUAAACAAUCUACUCCUCCUGCACAAGCUCCUGAUGGACCAGUUACUUCUACAUCUCCUACGGCUGAGGAGCGUGUUGAUGUGCCUACAGCUGAAGGUGAACGUGGUGCACCACAACCAUCUUCUCCCAGCAACACAGCCACAGGGAGUUCCGCUGGUUCUGAUGCUACAGCGACUGAGAAUAAUACUUCAUCUGCAGAGAGUGAAUCGAAAAACAACCAAAAUGAAGAAGGUGUUACAGGAAAUAAAGAUACCACCACCACCACAACAACAACAACAACAACAACAACAACAACACUUCCUCCUGAACUCACAAACAACAAGAAGGGUGAUGCAGACAGCAGCAGCAGUAUCAGCAGUUCUGUGUGGGUGCGUGUGCCACUACUGAUUGUGGUUACACUGGCCUGUAUUCUUGUGUGCUGA